CAAAUAUUGUAUGUACAUUUUCAGUGAGAGUUAGUAUGGGGACAGGAUUGUUUUGUGUGGUGUUUUUAUUUGUAUUAGGUUGUGGAAAUGGCUCCAAAGAAUACGAAAAUGCUUAUGUUGAAGUAACUGAGCCUCCAAUUACUCAAAACUUCUAUUUUGGUAAAACCGGGGUAUCUUAUUAUGAAGCCGUCCAUACAUGUCUAGAAAAAUCCAUGCAACUGGUUUCUAUUGAUGGUAGUAAGAAAAAUAGGGACUUAGCUAAGAUAAUGAAGGAUUCAGGUGGCGUUGACCGAUAUUGGACAUCCGGUAACAAAAUAUCCAAAGGGACGUGGUUUUGGGGAAAAGGCGAGCCUAUUGAUUACUACAACUGGACCCCUGAUAUACCAGUACAUAUGGCAAACUAUAAUCAAAAAUGUAUUAAAAUAGCCAAAAGUGAAGAUAAACUCUAUUGGGAGCAGGCCUUUUGUAACGAGAAAAACUUGUACAUCUGUGAAAAAACGCAGACAGUCUCCAAAAGGGACUGUGAUGCUACAGAAAAUUUGGUCCAAGGAAAUAGUCAUUUACAUUUUAAAUAUCACAUCGGUGAAGAGAUUAUCACAUACCCUAAAGCGUUUGAUGUAUGCCGAUCAAUGUGCAUGGAGUUAGUUAGUAUUGAAAGCGAACAGAAAAACCAGGAUAUAUUUCAAGCAUUUGUGAACGCAAAUGUAACUAGGACAAACGAUCCACUUUUUUGGUCUUCUGGCUACCACAAAAACAAAUUGAGUGCUUGGAAGUGGUUAAAUGGCGAAACGGCUAGCUUCUUUAGCUGGGCUCCAGGAGAACCCAACAACGGCAGGGGAGACGAAUAUUGUAUUGAGUUUAAAAGAACUAAUACGACUAUGGUUUGGAAUGAUCAACCUUGCGAAGAAAAGAGAAUGUUUGUAUGUGAACGGGUUUUCAAGAGGAUUCCCCAUUAUAUACGGAUAUAAUGAUUUGACGAUUUAGUACUUAAAAUACUAUUUGGUUGAGAAUUAUGUAUAAACUAUCUGUUCCUAUUGGUAAUAUAUUAUAUGUUGAGCAAUAAUCUCUAUAACAAAAAUAUAAAAUACAAAAAUUACCGUAGAUAAAAUAAGAGAAAAA